GUUGCCUGGUAACGCGCGCUGGAGGAGUCCUAGCGUGAAAAGGUCCUGCGAAGUGUCCCUGGCCCUGAGUGGGACCCGGCCGCCCCUCGCUUCGCUCCGGCGGCCUGUCCCCGCGGCUUGGCGGGCUAGGGCAGGGAAAUGUUGCAGGAGGAGUCCGAUCUGUCUCUCAUUAUUGCCCAGAUAGUCCAAAAGCUCAAGGGCUCCAAUCUGUACGCCCAGCUGGAACGGCAGGCCUGGGCCAGUCUUCAGAGACCUGAGAUUAGACUUGAAUCACUAAAAGAAGAUAUAAAAGAGUUCUUUAAAAUAACAGGUUGGGAGAAGAAACUUCAGAAUGCUGUUUAUAGUGAACUGAACGUGUACCCUUUACCUCGUCAUCCCGCUGCUCCUCCUGAACACCUUAAAGAGCCUCUGGUGUACAUGAGAAAAGCACAGGGAAGUUGGGAAAAAAGAAUUUUGAAGAGUCUAAAUAGUAUGUGCACUGAACUGAGUAUCCCACUGGCACGGAAGAGACCAGUUGGACAACAGAAAGAACUUCUUAAUAAAUGGAAUGAAAUGGGAACCGACGAACCAGAUUUAAGCCUUUUCCGACCUGUUUAUGCACCUAAGGAUUUUCUUGAGGUAUUAAUUAAUCUUCGCAACCCAAAUUAUGAAAAUGGUGAUUCUCUUAGUUUCAGGACUCAUUUGGGUUUAAUCCAAGUUCCUCUCAAAGUAAAAGAUAUCCCUGAAUUGAAAGAAUGCUUUGUAGAGCUUGGCUUAAAUACAGGACAACUGGGUAUAGAUGAUUCCACACAAGUGCCUCCUGAACUUUUUGAAAAUGAGCAUGUGCGUAUUGGACAAAAAGUUCUAGCAGAACAAGACAGUGCUGCUGCUCAACAGUAUAUCAGACAAGGAAGUCCCACAGCUCUGCGAGCUGAACUGUGGGCCCUCAUUUUAAAUAUUUCCAGUCAACCAGAGGAUAUCUUGUAUUAUGAGCAGCUUAAGACCAAUGUGAUACAACAUGACCUUUUGGUGGACAGUCUAAUUUAUAAAGAUGUGAAGUUGACAGCAAGCAAUGAUGAUUACUAUUUUGUAUUUGAAGAUUAUUUAUAUCAGGUAUUACUUUGUUUUUCCCGGGAUACGUCUGUAUUGGGCCACUUUGCAUACAACAGUGCUUCACCACCGAAAUCAUACAUAAGAGGAAAACUAGGAUUAGAAGAAUAUGCAGUGUUUUAUCCACCAAACGGUGUAAUCCCUUUUCAUGGAUUUUCAAUGUAUGUCGCGCCGCUUUGCUUUCUGUACCAUGAACCGUACAAGCUGUACCAGACGUUCCGCGAGAUGUACGUGCGCUUCUUCUUCAGACUGCAUUCCAUCUCCUCGCACCCCUCUGGUAUUGUGUCACUCUGUUUGCUGUUUGAAACCCUUCUUCAAACCUAUCUUCCACAACUCUUUUAUCAUCUACGGGAAAUUGGGGCUCAACCACUUCGUAUAUCCUUUAAGUGGAUGGUUCGUGCUUUCUCUGGAUACUUGGCUACAGAUCAACUCUUGCUAUUGUGGGAUAGAAUCCUAGGAUACAACUCUCUGGAAAUUCUUGCUGUCCUGGCAGCUGCCGUGUUUGCUUUCCGAGCAGUGAACCUGAUGGAGGUGACAUCACUGGCUGCAGCUGAAGCAGUUCUUGCUGACCUUUCUACUUUAAAAGUUAUGCCUCUUCUUCAAAUUUUUCUGUUUGCUACUGUCACCUGAUCUUCUUCAAGGUCACUAACAACACUUGAAGUUUUUCAUUAGAAACUAAUCAUGAACUAUGCAAACCCUGCAUAAAACCAAAAUUAAACUUUGCAUAUAAGCCAAUAAAGAUCAUGUUCCUUCCUCAAUUAAA